UCUGUUCCCGGCAGGAACGUUUGAGGGAAUUUACGGCACGCUGCUGGCUCCGUUCUGCUGGUCGGCGGACAGUCGGAGGGUCAUUGUGGACACGAUGCUGCGCAGUCAGCAGAAUCUGUAUGUAGUGGAUACGAUGACACAAAACGUGACUCUCCUCCAGUCUACAGGUUCCUCCCCCGGGAGCUGGAAGCUGAUGGCGAUUGAUCGGGAUUUGCUGGUCGUCCGGUUUUCCUCUCCGGCUUGUCCUCCGACUGUGAAAGUCGGGUUUCUUCCGCCGGCCGGUAAGGAGGAGGCGAUCAGCUGGGUGUCCCUGGAGGAGGAGAAGCCCAUCGCCAACAUAAGCUGGAGCUACAAGGGCCACAAACCGCCUCCGGAGCAGGAGAACCCGCAAUACGCCGGUCUGGAAUACGAGUCGAUCUUCAUGAGGCCUCAGAAAGUCCCUCCGGAGAGUCGGCUGCCGCUGGUGGUUUUCCCUCACGGCGGGCCGCACUCCACCUUUGUCAGCGAGUGGACGCUGUUCCCGGCCGCGCUGUGUAAGAUCGGCUUCGCCGUGCAGUUAGUCAAUUAUCGGGGGUCACUGGGCUUCGGGCAGGACAGCGUCAUGUCUCUGCCGGGGAGAGUCGGCGAUCAGGAUGUGAAGGAUGUUCAGAGCGCGGUGCUGCAGAUCCUGGAGGAGGAGCCUAUCGAUCCGCAGAACGUGUCACUAUGCGGCGGAUCACACGGAGGAUUCCUCUCCUGUCACCUGAUUGGACAAUACCCCGAAUUCUACAAAGCCUGCAUCGUCCGCAACCCUGUGACCAACCUCCCGACCAUGACCGGCUCCACGUGUCAUGUGGAAUCCGGCUUUCCGUACUCCUAUCAGACCCUCCCCAGCGGGGCCCAGAUGGAGGAAAUGUUGAAGAAAUCCCCCAUCAUACAUGUUCCUAAGGUCUGGAUAGCAGAGUUCAGGGCCCAAAGGUCACACUCCAGUCUGGCCCCAUAUAUGAAGUCCAGCAAUGUCCGGCCUCAGACUGAGGAAAGGUGGAUCUGGAUGGCUCUGUUUGGAGACGACGUCAAACGUCCUAGGACCCCUAACACCACACUGAGGCAUGCUGGGUAG